AUGUUUAUGACAAGACUUCCGAAAGAUACUCAAAGAAUCUUAGAUACAAAGUUACCAGAGCUCACAAAAAUCACAGCGACCAAACCCGUGACGCUUCUUCACGCUCAAGAUGUAGAAGUAGCAGAUCAACUUUUAAUCAAACUCAUGCAACGCUACUUGACAAAGAACAAUAGACGCAAGUGGGACUAUUUAGGACUAUACAAAGACGAAAACGAUCUCCUUCGAUGCCGAGGUCGCUUAAAAGCUAAAUACCUCACGAGAGACAUUCGAGAACCAAUUCUCCUUCUCCCAGACCAACACUUAACUACUCUCAUAAUCCAAGACACUCACGAACGCUGCGGCCACCAAGCGUUAACGGAACCCUCGCUAAUUUGCGCCUUAUGCUGCCAUAGACAAGCUCCAGUGAAGCAACGAGGAGGAACCCCGGCAAUGAACCGAUCUCUUGGACCUCUUACCUGUGAUAGAUCACUACGAGCUUCGAUGUCGGACGGUUCGAAGACGAUCGAAGGGGCGGAGCGAGGACGAGAGGAACAACGAGGAUUCUGCCGAAGGACCGUACUGCGACCGGAUAUUCCGACUUCGCCACAUGCGUCUUGCCAACGAAUGGCCGGUUCCAAGAAGAACAACGUGGAGUUGGAUAUGAUACGUGGGAAGGACCUCAUGAUGCAG